AAGUCAUCCGGUACGUGCUGUGAGGAACAGAGGCAUCCCGAUUUCUAACACCGCAUUGGAGUUGGAAAGUUUUCUUUCCAGAUUUCGGAUGACAACGGGACAAACCCUGGGCGUUGCGUAAAUGUUCCGCUGGGCUGAUACGAGCGUACAUGGCACAACACACAUUUGUAAACCUUUCUUUUCAUCACGUAACGGGCGAGAGAUGCAAGGAUGCAAACCCUCCACUCCUGGGGCGGGAAGGGCCGCGCAUGCGUACCGCGGCCUCACCUCACCGCGCCGCUGCGGUGAUGGCGACUGCUGGAGGUUGAGCCGAGCCCCUCCUGCUGCACGCCGGGCUUGGGGAGAGGCGGGGGCUCGCAGCAUGGUGCGGUGCGGAGGAGCGCUGCUGCGGAGGUAUGGAAACUUCAUUGAUGAUUUGCGGCUGUAUGUGAGAGGAGGAACAGGUGGAAUGGGUUAUCCCCGCCUGGGUGGGGAAGGAGGGCGAGGCGGCGAUGUCUGGUUCGUUGCCCAGGAAGGAUCGACCCUAAAGAGCAUUAAGGCGAGGUACCCACAGAAGCGAUUUGUGGCUGGAACAGGAGCCAACAGCAGUGUUAAAGCACUGAAAGGUGAAAAAGGAAAAGACUGUGAAGUGCAUGUGCCUCCAGGGAUUUCAGUUCUUGAUGAUGAUGGGAAGAAGAUUGGAGAACUUAACGGAGCAGGAGAGAGAUUCCUGGCAGCUCGGGGAGGUCUCGGUGGCUCUUUGGCCACAAACUUCUUGCCUUGCAAAGGCCAGAGGCGAAUUGUUCAUCUUGAUUUGAAACUUAUAGCCGACGUGGGCUUAGUUGGGUUUCCAAAUGCAGGAAAAUCAUCCUUGCUAAGCAAGAUUUCUCAGGCCAAACCUGAGAUUGCAAAUUAUGCAUUUUUGUUUCUUUCCCCUCCUCUCUUUUUUCCCCCUAUCAUAGUUACAACGAUACAGCCUGAGCUAGGAAAGAUCAUGUAUGAAGAUUUUAAACAGAUUUUAGUAGCUGAUCUCCCAGGGCUGAUUGAAGGUGCACAUCAGAACAAGGGGAGGGGGCACAAAUUUCUCAAACAUGUGGAAAGAACCAAACACCUCCUCUUAGUCGUUGAUAUUUCUGGGUUUCAGCUCUCUAAUAAGACUCAGUUCAGAACAGCCUUUGAAACAGUAUUGCUUCUAACAAAGGAAUUGGAGCUGUACAAUGAAGAACUUCUAACAAAGCCUGCACUUCUUGCCAUUAAUAAAAUGGAUUUGCCUUGUGCAAAAGAUAACCUGAAUGAACUUAUGAAACAACUACAGAAUCCUGAAGACUUCUUACACUUACUAGAGGAAGAAGUGAUUCCUGAGAACACAGUUGAUUUCAGAGAGAUAAUUCCUAUAUCUACAUAUACUGGAGAAGGAAUUGAGGAACUAAAAGCAUGUGUAAGAAGAUCACUGGAUGAGGAAGCAGAGCAGGAGAAUGAAGAAUAUCGGAAAAAGAAACUAUUACUUUUACACACUUCAGGAGAACAAAUGAAUAAAGGCUAGCAUUCUUGGCUAGAUUUUAAUAUA